CAGGGGUUGGCGGGAGCCAGACAGACGGUCAGAGACACGGCUGCGGAGGCAAGAUGGCGGCGGCAGAGCCGGCAACGGGCGGCGGGCCGGAAGUGACAGAAGUAAAGGAAAUUGAUCCAGUCAUAGCUGAGGUGCCUUCAGAUGCUGUUACCCAGGAUCGAUACCUGAAACAUCCUCUCCAGAAUAGGUGGGCUCUAUGGUAUUUUAAAAAUGACAAGACCAAAAGCUGGACAGAAAACUUGCGACUAAUUGCCAAAUUUGAUACUGUUGAAGAUUUCUGGGCAUUAUAUAAUCACAUACAGCAACCUAGUAAACUCCUGUUUGGGUGUGACUAUUGUUUGUUUAAGGAUGGUAUUAAACCCAUGUGGGAAGAUGACAAAAAUAAGAAAGGAGGAAGAUGGCUAAUGACACUUACCAAACAACAGAGGCAUAAUGACCUGGACAGAUACUGGCUGGAGACGCUUCUAUGUCUGAUUGGAGAGGCAUUUGAUGAGCACAGUGACGAGGUGUGUGGAGCAGUUGUAAAUGUGAGGCCAAAAGGUGACAAAAUAUCAAUCUGGACAGGAAACUGCCAAAGCAGAGAAGCAGUCACUUCUAUAGGGCAAUCAUACAAAGAACGCUUAGGACUUCCUAUGAAAGCUCUUAUUGGUUACCAGUCACACGAUGACACCUCUAGCAAAAGUGGGUCCACAACGAAAAACCUGUACACCGUCUAAAGAAACUGUUUCCAUUGCAGCAUUUCACAGAGGAACUAAACUUAAUUCAGCUACCUGGGGAAACAGCUACUUAUUAAAUUAUCGGGUCUACGUCACAACACGAAACUCGCGGCAAGAAGAGGCAAUGAAUGGGUUGAAUCGGAAAUAUUCCGGGAUAAUCGUGCGGGCUGAUCACAUUCAGUUUACAUUGGCAGAUCAAAUGAGGAUGCAAAUGGGCCUUCCUUCAUCAGGUGUAUUGGAGAUUUUUCUUGUUAAUUUGUAGGGCUCAAAUUUAACAUUAGGCAGCAAGCAAAAUGCUAGUAAGUUUUUUUUUCUUUUUUUUUGGUUUUGGUAGUCCGUUCUAAUCACCAGCAAUAGUUGGCUAUUAACCUGGUGUCUCUCAGAUGUAUGCUACUAUAUACUCGUGCUUCAGGAUGGGAGAAAGAAAAUGAAAAGGGCAAGAUCCAAUUAUUUACAUUAGUAUUUUGGCAAUUUAAACUUCACAGUUCUUUCUCCCUCCGUUAAUCGAUUGUGCUCCCACCUUUCCACGGAGAGAGAUUGUGUUUUGCUUUUGUAAGAGUGGAAACUGCAAUUGUUUAGUCCAGGGCUCAAAAUAAUAGCACCUCCAUUCACACGUUCUGAUGGAAGUCACCCUAUAAGACGGGUGUUGCUGCUUUCUACGCUCAAGCUGCGGGUAAAUGAUUUAUUUUCCUUGCAGGAGCUGUUUACUGCUGAGGCCUCCUUUGUUAGGGAGAAUAGACACAGUAUGCAUUGUAGGUGGUGGGUGUUGGGGGCAGAUGGUGUGCGAUUACAAUAGGUGAGAUUGCUUUUCUGGUCCUUUCUUACCCCCCCAAUCUGAACCUGCUCAGCUCAACAGAGAUUUGAGGUUGUAUGUUGCAGAGCACUUUGUUAAUCCCACCAAGUGGAUUUGAGCGACCCAAGAGAUCUGGAACCAAGCCACUCAAAAAAGAGAAUUUACUAAUUGGUGGCGGUGUUUGUGUAGCUGUGUUAAAAUUAUUUUGAGCCCUGUAGUAACCAGUGCAGACAGUAGAGAUAAAGUCAAACCUCUGCAGUAGAUAUCAAAUGGGCAGGAUUCUAAAUGUAUUAAACAAACCAUUUCAGUUGGGAGCUGGUCCAAAUAAUUUCACUACAACUGGAAAAACUGGGGAUGAUUUGGGGUUUUGUGUGUGUGUAUGCACACGUGUGUGUCUCACUCUUGUUUGAACCAACCUUUUAAAUUUGACCCUUGCAGCACCACAUGGCUGUCGUACUUGUUUGUAUGCAAUCUCUCUCUGGGGCGGGGGGGUGGGGGUUGCAGAUUCGAUGUGACUUCUCUGGUGUGGGCCUGUCAGUCUUCAGUUUCUCAGCUGUUAGUAGGGUGUAAAAAUCAUGGUUUUCAGCUGAUUGGGGGGGUGGGAAAGGGUUUUUAAAAAUGGCACUCCUGCUUUCAAAAUAGAUGGUUGGAGCAGGGAGACGGAAGGGAAGGGAGGUGGUGGUUUUUAAAGGUAGAAAAUAAUAAUAAAUUAAUAUUUUAAUAAAGUGCAGAGAAGAAAUAAGGAUGGGUGGGGCAGGCACACGUGGGUAGUUUUCAGAAUGAUUUAUAUAUUAGUUUUUUUGUAUUUAUUUGAGUUUAUAGUUAAGUAGUACAGUGAUGAAUUUAGUCCUCACGUGCGAAUAGCUUUCUUACUGAAAUAUUUCCUCCAGUGUACACUAAAAAGCUGCAGAACCAGUCGCCACACAGAAAUCAACCAGGCUUCCGUACACCUGCCAGCAGACAGAGUUAACUUUAGAAACUGAAAUGAAUUCUGUGGGGGACAGCAAGUUGAGUUUUUUAAAAAAAAUAUAUAUAUACAGUAUAUAUGAGUAGUUUUGUUUCCCUACAAUUAACACCACUCACCCGAUUGUCUGGAUGAAUAGCCAUGAUGAUUUGCUCUCGAGUCCCACCUUAAGUUUAGUUACUGCAUUUUGAGAUGAUUUUUGUUCGCAUGUGAACUAUUCAAUGGAAAACAUUAUUUUCUUCAAGUAUUUAAUGUUUAAGCAUUGCUGUGAAUUUACUUUUGAGCAUUCAAAGGAUGGUGAAACCAAUAUGCUUAUUUUGAGGUACAGUAUAUUGAUCGGAUUUGUAUGCCUUUUCACAAUAGAGGAAAUUUAAACUAGACAAUUAAGGAUACUGCAUUAUUAUAUGCAGGAAACAUGGGUGAGUGUUUUUAAAAUGCCUUCAUCUGUAUUUUUCUCAUUUGGUAUUGUUGCAUUGUAUGGACCCUAUUGAUAACUCGGUAAUAAAUGCUAAUAUUCAAAGUAUUUGUGAAUUAUUUUGCUAAUGUAACUGUAUUGCAUAGAUUGGUUAUGUAUUCCAGGUAUAUAUUAAAUCUUUAAUUACACUGAUAAUUGAUUUUUCCAAUUUACAAAUAUAUUUCUGUUGGAGAUUACCUUUUUCUUGAUUUGUCUACGAAUGACUGAAUGUUUUUAAAUCAUGUGCCAUAGUCUGCCAUCAACAUAGUGUGAGUUAAGUUUCAUUAAAAAAAACUUCUUGCUGCUUGCGAGAAGUAUAAGGCUGGA